AUCGUCUCAAUAUUUGUAAAGCAUUGUUUUGGACCGUUGAAUAUUUAACGUUGAUUGACUAUUAAUGGACAAAAGUAAUUAUAACCCAGAAUUAACCUCGUGCGUCGAAAAAACCAUUGCAGGCCGUGCCUCAUUGAACAAGCAUAUUAAACCCAUUCUUAAUCAGGAUAUUGGAAAUUAGUGAUUGAUUUAACAACUCAUUAUUUGAAUGUUAUCUCCGACGUGAUUUGAACUGGUUUUCUACCAUGUAUAGAAUAAGUAUGGACAACAAAUAAAUGAAAGGGUCAUUUAAAUUUUGAUCUACAAUUGAGAAAUGUCUACUUUAAUUUACUGAUGCAUUACCUUUAAAUGCCAAAUUCGGAAGCGUUACAUUCAUAAUUUAUAGGCAUUUAGAGGUAUAAGAUCAAUUAAACAUUAUGGCCGAAAGACGGAUUACGCAAAUUGUGUAUGUUGUGUGUUUCUUGUGUUUAUUUUCUGACAUUACUACAGGCAGCACUCUUACAGCUGAACAAAAUUUACAAACGACACUUUUAACAGGUUACAAGACUAACCUUAGACCCGGAAUGAACAGAUCGAUUCCGUUGGAUGUGAAUAUCUCGUUCCAUAUCUUUUUCAUCAAGGAAUUUCAAGAAAGCACCGGUAAAUUCAGUGUUAACGGUGCAUUCGUAUUGGAAUGGAACGACGAACGACUUGCCUGGGAUCCUAAUUCUUACGAUAAUCUGACGAUGACAAAUUUACCACAGACCCAAAUUUGGAUUCCGAAUCUCGUAAACAUUAACCCAUUUGGUGAUAUUUCAGGACUUGGUAGUGAUUUAAUAUCUUUAGAAGUUUUUAGCACAGGGUACUGUAAGUGGGUUCCAUAUCAGUCUUUCCAAGUGAUAUGUGAUGCAGAUGUCACCAAGUAUCCCUUCGAUACCCAAUACUGCACCAUGAAUUUUUUCAUGUGGUCUUAUAAAAAGAAUUCCGUGAAAAUCACAAUAACUUCUCCCACUGUAGGAUUUUCAUUGUAUACGAAACACGGAUUAUGGGAUAUCGUAAACUCUCUGACAUAUACCAAUCCCACCGUGCAUGGUUACGAUGAGGUGAUCGUUGGAUUGUGGUUAGAGCGAAGAACUGCAUUUUACAUCUCCAGCCUCAUCAUUCCUAUGUUCUCGAUCAGCAUGCUGAUGGGUCUAGUAUUUCUACUCCCACCGGAGUCUGGAGAGAGAGUUGGAUUCAUAACAACCGUGCUGCUGAGUUACAUCGUGUUUCUGACAAUCAUCCAGGAUAAACUCCCCGAGUCUUCAGAGCCGGGUCUGUCCAUCAUAGGGUACAUUCUGAUGAUAUGCGUUAUCUGGGGGACACUGACUACGGCGUUGGUCAUCAUUAGCCUAUGCAUACACAAUGCUCCUAACGACCAGUCCUUACCAGGUUUCAUCAGAAAAAUUUUAUCUUGCAAACGACGGAGAGCAACUGUGAAAAAUAUUAAAGUUGUUAAACCUUGCGAUACAAAAACAGAUUCAUUGGUAGACGAGGAAGAAGAUGUUACUUGGGCGGAUGUUGGAAAGGCGUUUGAUAGAAUAUGUAUGAUCCUUUGUAUCCUACAAGGCAUUUUGACGGUUAUCAUUUACUUUGGUCUCGUGCUCUAGCCUAGGAUAAAUACAUGUAUCUCUUCUUCUUUAUAUAACAAUAGGAAUUUUCAUUCUAUGAACACAUAAUCUGACUGAUUAGUUGAUAGUUUCCUUUUUUGAGAUUCUAUGCAUUUGUUUUUUUUAACCUGUGUUUUUCUUCACAACUUCACAUGUAUUUUUUCUAUGUACAUGUAGGUGCAAAUAAACCAUGUUGAUUAAGUGAA